CUUUGCACCGGGAGGCAGGGAAGCAGGGAAGCAGGGAAGCAGGCAAGCGAGGAGCGGGACCAGCCAGCCAUGCUUCGGCUAGGCCGGCCCUGCGUUCUGCGGGCGCUGCUCCGGCUCCCGGGCUCCAGCUGCAGCGCCGCCUCGACGGAGGGAAACCUCCAGGUGGAGCCCGGCAACGGAGGCGCCACCUUCGGGGUUCGCCGCCACCACCUUCCGCCAAAGGGCGACAGGCUUCUCCUGCUUCUCCUUCUCCCUAAACAAGCAGAGGCCGAGAUCAGCAGAGGGAUUCGCUCCUACUCCACCGGGGCCCGGAAGGAUACUAGCACAUCCCUGGAAAAUGAUCAUGCAGAUUCCAGCCAAGAGGAUGGGAAGAAACCCAACAAAUCCCAGCAAUUGAAGAAGGUUUUUAAGGAAUACGGAGCUGUAGCAGUGGCAUUCCAUGUUGGGAUUUCAUUGAUGUCUUUGGGAAUGUUUUAUUUGGCUGUGUCAAGCGGAGUGGACAUGACUGCCAUUCUCUUCAAGCUGGGAUUUGAUGAAGCUCUGGUGCAAUCCAAAUUAGCUGCCGGGACAAGCACUUUUUUAUUGGCCUAUGCCGUUCACAAACUGUUUGCUCCAGUCCGCAUCAGCAUCACCUUAGUCUCAGUGCCAUUCCUUGUCCGCUAUUUCCGGAAGAUAGGUUUCUUCAAACCACCAGCUGCAAACCCAUGAUUUUAAUUCUUGGGGAGGAAAAAAUGGAAUGCCUCCUACUUUCUUAAUAUAGAC